UGUGGUGGACAUCAUUCACUGGAGAAACAGGGAACUGGAGGACGUGUGGAGAGCAAACAUGUUUCUUUACAGAAAACCGAACAUACCUGUCACAUUCCAAAACCAAGGUAGCCGGAUUGAUUCGUUUUUAUUUCGUCAAGCCUGUGUGAUGGAGUCAUUCUUGCUCCUGCUAACACUAUUGCGGCUGUCCUUCUUCGUUUGCUACGCCGAAUCGGAUUUCAGCGUGACCGAUAACGCUCGACAACAACAACAACAGUUGUCUGUGUUGUUUACCCGAUCCGUCUACAGAGGCACCAUCCGAGAACACUUUCCUUUCAAGAACGAAACAAUACAACAACUGGUGACAAUCGUGCCGGCCAUCCGCAUCCAGCGCACCGUCCAGUACACGGACGGCACGCUUGCCAUUACCGAACUCGACACUCGAUCCUCCAUUUCGACUGUUAGAUAUUCAAUCUUGAGCGGCAACGAUGACGGCUAUUUCACGAUGGAUCCGCAUAGCGGCGAUCUGUUCCUCAUCCGUCAGGUGGAUCGGGAACAAUUGCCGGCCUCGGCUAUCAACGAUCGAUUCACUCUGACCAUUCAAGCGUCUUCCUUAUCGGAAACAUCUGCCCGUGCGCGGAUCUUUAUCGACAUCGAAGACGUCAACGAUAACGUGCCACUCUUCGACACGAACGAGUACACCAUCAGCAUCGUCGAGAAUCUUCCCGUCAGCUUUCACGUUCUGCAACUGUCCGCAACGGAUGUCGACCUCGGCGAGAAUGGGAAGUUCACGUACCGAUUAAAUGAUACCAGCGGAGCGUUCGUCAUCGAUGCGGUUACUGGCUGGCUCAGUGUAACCAAUUCAACGCCGCUGGAUCGAGAAAGAGUGGGCAAAUUGACACUACAAGUCGAGGCUGUGGAACAAAAGCCAAACGUGUUGACCGACCGUCUGUCCACUGCCCGCAUCGACAUAGAGCUCACCGAUGCAAAUGACAACAGUCCGAUCUUUCAACCCACUAACCUAUAUUCGUUCGUCGUAGAAGCGCUGGCCGAAGCAGGCACCGUCAUUGGUCAGGUUGAAGCGAUUGAUGCCGAUGCUGACGAUAAUGGUCUCGUCAACUAUGUCAUCCAGCAUCAGCAGGAAGGUGUUCGAAGUGGACAAGCAAGUAAGACCGGUCGCAACGUCCGGCUCGGACCGGUUCACAAUCUCACUGCCAAAAACGGCGAUCCAGAUGUACCGUUCAGCAUUCAUCCGCGUUCGGGCCAUGUGAUUGUGACCGAUACACCUUUAACCAAGAAAUCCUACUCUCUUUUCGUCGAAGCCAGCGAUCAACCGGCCAAUCCUAGCGAGCGUAGGCAUUCGCUAGCAGUUGUCCAAAUCUCAGUGGUGGCAUCGUCGGUGUUGGUUCCACACUUUGCCAACACGCCCUACGAGUUUUGGAUAGGUGCCGAGGCACCUGUUGAUACCAGCGUGGGACAGGUGAAGAUCGAAGGUGUUCUGGAGCACGACGACGUGCGUUACUCGAUGAAACACAAAUUCCGCAAUGCCGGAAUGAAAGUUCCUUUCAACGUCGAUGCAAAGAGCGGCAUCAUCCGCGUGACGGAUAUUUUGAAAGCGCCCACGACGUUCACGCUAAACGUCACGGCCAACAAUAAUAAUCGAGAUGCCGUAACAACAACUCUGAUGAUUCACGUUGUCGAUCAAUCGAUGAGUGGAUCGCACACGUCCAAAAAACUACACGAGCAGGGAUUCUAUCAUUUCAGCGUGGUCGAGAAUGCACCGGCCGGACCCUUUGGCGAAAUCAUUUACCAAGCGUCGAACGCGGACGAAAGUGAGACAGCCACCGAGGACACGCGUUUCGAAUUCCUUCCGCUGGACCAGAAAGCUGAUGCCGGCUGGGAGCAUUUCAAAUUAGCCCGUAACGGCACCCUCUACACACGGCGGCCGUUGGAUCGUGAACUGAUGACGUCAAAUUUGACACUGUUCGUGACUGUGCGGGAAAAAGAAGACAAUCGCGAUACGCUCCGUGUGUCCGUCACGAUUGUGGACGUCAAUGAUAAUCCGCCGGUGUUUAACCAGCAGCGCUACGUCGGCCGGGUGGCCGAGAAUUCUCCAGCAGGGACGCGAGUUCGCCUGGUUCAAGCCAUUAGGUCAUCCGAUGCAGAUUCCUGGCCACACAACGUCAUUCAUUAUUCGCUGACGGGCAACGGGAGUCGCCUGUUCCGCAUCGACCCCAUAGGAGGCGAACUGUCGGUGGUGCGUUCCAAAUCGCUGGACAGGGAACGAACGCCGUUUUAUAAUUUGACGGUGACUGCGACGGAUGGAAGUCUCAAUUCUAAUGCGCAGUUAACCGUCCUUGUUGAAGACGUCAAUGAUAACGCGCCCAUCAUCUCGGGAUUCUUCCCCACCGUGGGCGUCGUGGCGCUGGAACGAUCGGCAAACCGACAGGAAUUUCGCGAUGAAGGAGUCAUCAUCGUCUGUGCCGAUGGAUCGUGUUCGACGCCUAUCGACGUGGAAGAGAGAGAACCACAAGAGUUACCUCCCGGCCGGUUGAUGGCCACCUACAGUCGGUUCCGCAAUCACCUACUGCGGGUGUUAGAUGACUGGAUCGAUCAGGCCGAACGGUCCAUCGAUCAGACGCCUCCCGAUGAAGAAGAAAUCCUGGAACGAGCAUUUCAAGAGAUUUUAUACAACUCCUCGAUUCUUAUUCAGGUACCGGACAACCUUCUCGUGAACUCUAGCCUCGGGGUUUUUAGUAUCGACGAUAAGGAUGAAGCAAAUCCUGUCAAAACGGACGAACUCGACUUUUCGUUAGUUCCUGGAACACGCCACCACGAUAUUUUUGGUGUCGUUCCAGAAAGCGGGUCUUUGUAUUUGAAGAAACCCUUGCAACUGGACACCGUCUACCUGAUCGACGUGCAAGUCAACGAUCAGCAGGGCCUUCGAUCCGCGGCCAACGUUGCCAUCCAGCUGACGGAAGUCAAUCAUCACCGACCGAUGUUCAACAGCUCCUAUUACGAACUGCUGCUUCCAGAAGGUGAUUACAACGACUCGUCUUUCAUCACGAUCGAAGCCUACGAUGAAGACACAGGAGAUAACGGUCGACUGGUUUACUCGCUAAUCGAUUCAUCCGCAUCUCCUUUCCGGAUCAACCACAAGACGGGCCUGCUCGUCGUCAACGGCUCGAUUGAUCGCGAACAAACGGAAUUCUUUCGAUUCGUUGUCCAGGCAACCGACGAAGGAUUCCCUCCGCUCAAAUCGCGCGUAGACGUCGUCGUCUACAUCACCGACGUCAACGAUAAUGCGCCCGUGUUCGACGUACCCGUGGGUAGCGUCCACGAAAACGGCCUGCAGCCUUUAUUCUCCGUGUCGUUGACGGAUGGAACACCCCCAGGCACACCGGUCCUUCGAGUCCGAGCCACCGAUGCUGAUGCGGAUUUCCAAACGAAUGGCAACGUGACGUAUCGUCUUGGUAGCCACCAAAGCCAUUUUACUAUUGACAAGAUAACAGGAUCGAUAUCGACGUUGGUCACGAUGGAACGGUCGCGAACCGAAAGCGAAUAUAAUUUGCUUGUGGUGGCCACCGAUGGUGGAACGCCCAGGCUGAGCACGAUCAGCGUCGUGCGGAUUACAAUCAUCGAGGCAUGUCAACCGGACCCGGCCGCGCGACGUCAGCAGUCGAUCACGCUGGAUGAAAACAUUCCCACACCGAUAGCCCUGAUAAAUCUAACGAGCGACGCCGAAACAUCGGACGGACUGGUUCAUUUGUCUUUGCUUCAAAUCGAGCCAAAUUGGCCGGACGCUCAGUCACGCUUCAAAUUGGACAAUGUCGAGCCAGUUCUCUGGCUGACGCAGCCGCUCGAUCGUGAGGUUCAGGAUAGUUACGCGGUCCACUUGAAAGUUCAACAUUCCGGACGCCGAAGUAACAGUACCAAUAAUUCGAGUUGCUCCGGUUUCGACGAAGAGGAACUUGUUUUGAACAUCCGAGUGGCUGACGUCAACGACAAUGCGCCCGUCUUUGCCGACCAGAAUCCUUUGAUCGUGGUCGUCCCGUCCAACACACCGAUCGGAUAUCCUGUGAUUACCAUAGCGGUGACUGAUGCUGAUGAUGGAAAUAACGCGGCCAUUAAGUACAGCAUGACACCUGACGCCGUCAUAUCGGAGGACUAUUACAAUCCGCUCGAUUGGACGACGGCUUUCCUGAUGGAUCCUAGCAGCGGAAUUGUGUCGGUGGCGUCAGCCGUCGAUCGACUAGUCGGCCGCAUCUUAUCGUUUCAAAUAAACGCGACCGACCGAAACGGCAGCGGCCAAUCAGCUUCGUCGACACUUCAUCUUUCCUUGCACAUUCUGGAUCGCUCACAUGAAGUGGUUCUAAUAUUGGCCACCACUACGGAAGACUUGGUCAUUCAAUCGGAACACAUUAGCCGUGUCGUCAGCGAUGUUAGCGGUACGCAGGUCUGGAUAAGAAGUUUGGAACCGCACGUGGAUGGCGACACGAUCGAUGGAGCUAUGACGGACGUUGUCAUCUACGCCAGCAGCCGCACGAACGAAUCGAUCAUCGCGUCUGAGGACUUUUUAAGAUUGCUGAACGCCAGGAGGGACGAGCUGGACCAGAAGCUGGCCAACUACAACCUAAGGGAGAUACGUCAAACGAAUCGAAAUACGAAGCCGUUGCCUUCCGUACCAGACGUCAAAAUCGACGUGUUGGAAGUGACGCUCAUAGCCAUGGGUGCAGCCGUUUUGUUGGGCGCUAUCGUUGCCGUCGUUUGCAUCUUCUUAUCGCGACUUAAGCACAAGAAGCGCACCAAGCCGGUUGUAGCGGCCAGCACGAUGGCGAGAUCGAUGGCGAUGGAUUACCACUUGCAGUCAGUGAGGAACAUGACGUCCAUGUCUUCUUCUUAUAACGACUCCUCUCAAGCCGAAUUGAUGAGUCGCGAUUCGUCUAGCAGCGACAAUUACUUUGAAGUGCCAGUUGAUAAGGGACAUCCGCUCUACGUUUCGGCACUUCCGCCGGCUCAUCAGAAACAGCGUUACAAGAAGGCGGCCUCCACGCCGAGCUGCCCGUCUUGCAAACGAGUCAAAGCCCAUCGAUGCAAGUGUUCCGGCAAACGUCAAGCGUCUGCGACGAGAAGCCUACCCGGAUCCGACAGUUGGGUCUUGAAACGGAAGACUGACGAUCCGUUUUGCCGUCUGCACUCGUUGCCGCCAGCAUCCCGCACGCGUCUCUCGUCACGAGCGGAACCGGAAAUGAAUUCCAGUAACUCUAAACUAGUCCGGCUUCAUCUGGCACCGCGUCGGACGAGGUCGAUGCGUGUGGAACAAACGCCUUCGACGGCCCAUUACCGGGACGAGACUGGACAACAGACUUAUUCACGGCAUUUGAAUAAAUCUCACAGAUCGAAAAAUCAUCGCUGCCAACACAAUCGCCAACGUCGGCCAUCGUCGUCCUCAUCGCCUUCAUCACCGUCGCUAGUGCAAGUCGAACGACGUCAGAUAUUCAGCCGGCCGAUUGGAGUGCCGCGCUAUCCGAAAUCCGGCAGUACCACGGACACGUUUGAUGAUUCGCUCGAGUCGUCCAGCCGUCACACACGGAGGAAGUGGUGAAAGGUCGCCAGAAGAAGGACGUAAACUUGACACUUUCGAGUGUCUUGUCUUUUGAUAAACUAACCAAAAAAACUAAAACUAAACAAAGCAAACUCACACACUGAAUGACCGGUGUGAAGCAAAAUUCAAAAAACAAAACGGAGAGCAAUUAAAAAAAAAAGAAAUAACUGGGAACACGGGACAACAUAUUUAUGUUAUUGACAAUCAGUGGUUUUUAUACUUCAGCUGUUGCAUUUCUCAGAUACACACACACUAAAAAAAAAUAAAUGAACGAGUGCAAACGA